GAGUCGUAGUGUGGGUUGUAGGUAAUCAAAAAACCAGUUUAUUUACUGACCACACUCGGUCGGUUGGUCGGUGAGACGCGGUAAAAGUUUCAUGCUUUUCGUGAUAUUUUAUUGAAUUUUUCCUGCGAUUUGGAAUUUCUCGAAAACUGAACCAGGAAGAUAAUUGUUGUUUUUUUACUCUUUUUGUGCCGACUAUUUAACGAAGUUUAAUCGAACAAUUUUAAUGAAAUAUGUGAGGAGACGAAUAUUUUAUUAAGAGGUGUGUCGCAGUGGUUUGAAUUUCGAAUCUCGGGCUCGGGUGUACUUUUGUGCAUUCACGUGAAAACGGGUGUUUUGUUGCAUUCUUUUGUCCGUGACUGAGAGUGAUGUUAUUAGAUCGAAAUUUGCACAAAUCAAUCUUGUCUUGCAUACUUGAGUGACCACCGUGUGAUCAUUUCUUGGUACGAAAUUAAUAAAACAUGUGUAACACAUUAUUGAUUAGUCACAGGACUUUAAUUCGAUCCUGAUGACUAGAAAGUUCCAUGAGAUUGGCAAAGUCAUGUAGCCAUGGCAAGUGGAAAGGUCCUGUAUUCAAUAGCCGUGGUUGUUCUCGGAUUUAUUUGUUUUAUUGUUGGAGCUAUCGCAGUUGGAUUACCGACAUGGGGUUAUUUUUAUAGCUAUGACUCUGACCUUGCUCUCUCCGUGCAGGCAUUUGAGAACCCGAACUUCGAUCAGGGCUACUUCGGGCCAUGGCGUGUUUGCAAGAAGCUGCUGUACAACAGAGAGAAAUGCGGCACCGACGUCUCAAAAUUCAGGCCAUCAACGGCAGUGUACAUAGCGGGUGUGGUGGCAGUCAUCGGCGUGACUGUACUGGGCGUGUUCUGCAUACUGUCAGUACUGCAACUAGCGAUGAUCUCUUCAAAGGAGAAAGUGGGAAUAAAGUACACACAUCUCGUCAUGAUGAAGUUAGCGCUCGCGUUACUGGCAACAUUGCUGUCAAUAGCAGCGGCGGGUCUGUUCGCUGUCCAAGUCGAUGACAGAGGAUUUUAUCAAACGAGAGGAGAAGCGUUUUAUGUUCAGAUCGUUUCCAUAGUAAUAAACUCUGUGUUGUUCAUAAUGUCGCUAUACGACACGUUGUUCUCGCGGCGCGCGGGCGGGGACCCGACCAAUGCGCACGCGCAUCCUGAAGGAGGAACUACUAUAAAUAAUCCAGGAUUUAAGGAGGGUAGAGGUAUAUCAAUGACGGAUGCAUCAGGCAAACCGUACAGUACCAACGGUCACGGUAGCGUGGCCUCCAUGAAUACAACCGCAACCACAUUGACUGGUCUCUCUGACGCCAGCACCAUCACCAGAUCCCCACUAAGGUCCUCGCUAAAGAAGCCCAGGCCAAGAGAAGGGGAACCCGGAGGUCUGGGCAUACACAACCCAGGGUACUCUGGACAUUCACCACCCUUGAACAGGAAUGGUAGCCAGAAAAAAGUACGUAUACAAACUCAUAGUACUGAAGUAUGAUUUAAAAAAAAAACAUUUGUUAAACUUAAAAAAUUAUAAGUUUUUCAUUUUUUUUAAUUAAAUGUGAAUUUCACUUGUAAAAAAAUAUUUUUUCGUCUCUAAAUGCUGGUUAUAGCUUAAAAAAUUCUUAAAACUAGUUUUUUGGAAUUUCUCGAAUAAGAAUUGGAAAAAAUAAGUGUGACCCUUGAUUUACAAACAUUGUCUUGAUGUAGAAUAACUUACAACAUAUACAUAGUGUAUAUUAUUUACUUUCACUUACAAAUAUAUAAAUUUUUUAACACAUUUAAUGCCACUGCCAAAAUAGUUAUUACAUGGACUCGCAGAGCGAGUGAGUAGCAUUGAAUGUGUUAACAAUGACAUAAAAAGGAUUCCCAAACAAUAUUACAUACUGUGAAAUUUCUCUUGAAUUUAAAUUGUGUAAAAAAUAAAAUGUGCAACUUAACCUUUCCGCAGCCAACUCAAAAACAUAUAACUAACAACGAUAUGUUAUUUUAAGUGUUUUGGAAGUGGAAAUUACCUUAAGUUUGCCUGAAAAUGCAAGUUUGGGGUCCUUAAGUUUAAUAAUAUUAGUAAAUAGUAAUUUAUCUCAAAGUAGAUUAAAAAAAAUUGUUCAAAAGUACUGUUCGCACAUACAUUAAGUAAAUGGUAUAUACACCAUGUAUAGUCAAGUAUAUAAAAUUAUAUAGUUAAUGUUUAUUUGAAAAUUAAAUUUAAAAAUGU